AAUUUCCUAGAGUGUGAAGGAAUUAUCAAGUAACCCAAAUCACAAGAGAUCUGGACAUCCAUCACUGUUCUCAACUUGGCAGAAAGGGCCAGUGUUUCCUCAUGUAUCGGAACCGCUUCUUCUGACUCCCAAGACCCAAAGUGCCCCCUUUUGCAUUCCCUCCCGCGAGGCACCAGAGUUGAGAUGAGGAAUUCAGAAGAGCAAACGGCCACAACAGUUUUACAGCGUUUGUUGCAGGAGCAGCUCCGAUAUGGGAACCCAAAUGACAGCCGCAACCUCCUUGCUUUGCACCAGCAAGCCACGGGCAACGUGCCCUCUUUUGCCAGCAAUGGGAGCCCCGGGGCUCCCAAUGAAGGGCUGAGCCCCCAAGACCAUCAGAUUGGGACCCAUGUGGCCCGCCAAGAGCCCCAGGGCCAGGAGAUACAAAUGGACAACAGCAUCAUGGAGAAGCAGCUCUCCCCAAGGCUACAGAACAGCGAAGACCUCCCGACCUACGAGGAAGCCAAAGUCCAGUCCCAGUAUUUCAGGGGCCAGCAGCAUGCCAGCGUUGGGGCCGCGUUCUACGUGACGGGAGUCUCCAAUCAGAAGGUGAGGACAGAAGGGCGCCCGACAGUUCAGCGCGUGAGUCCUGGAAAGGUCCACCAGGACGAAGGGCUGAAGGACCUGAAGCAAGGCCACGUUCGCUCCCUGAGCGAGAGACUGAUGCAGCUGUCGCUGGCCACGAGCGGCGUUAAGGCCCACGCGCCAGUCACGAGUGCGCCUCUUUCUCCACUUUCCUCCCAGCAGAGCAAUGACUUCUACAAGAACUCUGGGCCAGCCCCUCCUCAGCCAAACAUGAAAGGGAUGGAGCACCGGGGGCCACCUCCAGAAUAUCCUUACAAAAAUAUGUCCAGCCCACCCAUGGGCUGUAAGCCACAGGACCCCGGGCAUUUCUACAGCGACCAUCGCAUGGCCCAGCAAGUUCGAUCUGAUGGGCCCAUGAUGAGAUACCAGCAUCCUCCUGAAUAUGGGUCAUUCAGGCAGAAUCCCGACCUCCAUCUGCAGCUGCCACAGAGGCCCCACCACCAUCACAGCCCCACGUCUUCGCUCACGUCCUUGGGGUCUCUGACCUUGAUGCACUCGCUGCCGCCAUCCCGAUUGUCUCCUUCUCAGCAUCAGCCGCCUCUCACUCCCAGCCAAGGGGACCCCUUCUCUCUGCCCCGGACCCAGCAGCUCUUUCUAUCCAACCAGAUCCACCAGGGAGACCUUUACCGACUCUGCCAGCCUGUGAUUGGGCAGCAGCAGCAGCACCAGCAGCAGCACCAGCCAGGGGAUUCCUACUCGGCGCUGGCCAGGCCUCCGCCGCCACCUUCUCCUUACCAGCAGAUGCCGGUAGACCCUUUUGUCAUCGUCUCCAGGGCUCAGCAGAUGGUGGAGAUCCUGUCUGACGAGAACCGAUCUUUACGGCAGGAGCUGGAUGGGUGCUAUGAGAAAGUAGCUAGGCUGCAAAAGCUGGAAACAGAAAUUCAGCAAGUUUCAGAGGCCUAUAAAAACCUGGAGAAGUCUUCCACAAAGCGGGAAACCCUGGAAAAGGCUAUGAGGAACAAGCUGGAAGGUGAAAUCCGCAGGCUUCAUGACUUCAAUCGGGACCUCAGAGAGCGUAUGGAUAGUGCUAAUAAGCAGCUUGCAGAGAAAGAGUUUGAGGGCUCUGAGGAUAACAGGAAAACCAUCUCCCAACUCUUUGCGCAAAACAAAGAAACCCAGAGGGAGAAAGAAAAACUGGAGAUAGAACUGGCGAGUCUUCGCUCCACUAGUGAGGAACAGCGGAGGCACAUUGAGAUCCGUGACCAGGCUUUGAACAAUGCGCAGGCCAAGGUGGUGAAACUGGAGGAAGAGCUGAAAAAGAAGCAGGUUUAUGUAGAGAAGGUGGAAAAAAUGCAGCAGGCGUUGGUGCAGCUGCAGGCGGCCUGUGAGAAGCGUGAACAGUUGGAGCACCGACUCCGAAACCGGCUGGAGAGAGAGCUGGAAUCCCUCCGAAUGCAGCAGCGCCAGGGGACAUCUCAGCCAGCCAAUGUCUCUGAGUACAAUGCCACGGCACUGAUGGAACUCUUGCGUGAAAAGGAGGAGAGGAUUCUGGCUCUGGAAGCAGACAUGACGAAGUGGGAGCAGAAGUACCUGGAAGAAAGCGUGAUGCGGCAGUUUGCACUGGAUGCUGCAGCUACUGUGGCUGCUCAGAGGGACACCACGGGCAUCAGCCACUCCCCCAGUGCCAGCUACGACACCUCCCUGGAAUCCCGCAUCCAGAAGGAAGAGGAGGAGAUCUUGCUGGCUAACCGGAGGUGCCUGGAUAUGGAGGGCAGGAUCAAAACUCUCCAUGCUCAGAUCAUUGAGAAAGACGCCAUGAUUAAAGUCCUCCAGCAGCGCUCCCGGAAGGAGGCCAGCAAGACAGACCAGCUGUCUUCCAUGAGGCCGGCGAAGUCCCUGAUGUCCAUCUCCAACGCGGGCUCCGGCUUGCUCUCCCACGCAUCCACACUGAGCAGCACCCCCAUUCUGGAAGAGAAGCGAGACGACAAGAGCUGGAAGGGCAGCUUAGGUGUUCUGCUGGGAACGGAAUGCCGCUCAGAGUCCAUUCCCUCAACCCCCUCGCCAGUCCUUCCCUCUACUCCGCUACUGUCUGCACACUCCAAGACCGGCAGCCGUGACUGUAGCACUCAGACGGACCGGGGUAGUGAACAGAACAAGGCCCCCACCUCCUCUGCCCUGCCGCCCGGACCAGCGAGGCUGCCCGCUAUGCAUCUGACCUCCUACGGUUCAGACAAAGCAGAUGGCUCAGUUUUCCAUUCCAGUACUCUAGAAAGGAAAAACCCAGCUCAGAAUUUGGGGCAGGACCUCAAUGAUGCAGAACUGGUGGAGUAUCUCAUCUGAAGAAAUGCAAAGCUGGAGAGAAGCAGAUCCCCCCACCCCAAGACCCUUUUUUUAAAAAAUAGCAAUUUGUAGUAACUGAAUCAUAAAGGUAUCUACAUACAGCUUUGUGCUGCUUGUAUUUACUUUUCUCUCAAAGGUAUGGACAGGUUAACUUAUAAUUUGUUCCAAAAUCAUUAAAGCAGUCUUGUUGUCUAAGAAGAUUCUUUCUCCUACAUUUUUUUAAAAAAUAAAAUAAUACUGGAUCUGGUAGCAUCUGGAUGAAAUUAAACCAAGGUCUUAAAUGCACUAAAUUUUUAAAAUGUCAGUAUUUUUAAAAACUUGUAUUUAAGCAAAGUCAGAUCCUUGUUUAGGUGUUUGAUGUCCAUAAUUGCCUUUACAAAGCCUGUUACCUCCAGGUUUCUCAGUUGCCAGAAAAUGCCACGGUGCUGCCACUUUUGAGUGUCAUUUAGUAUCCUGAAUAUUCAGGUGCUCCUAAGAAUCAUUGUAUGAACUUCCAAGUGUGAUGGAAAGAAAUUCGCAUUCCUUACCUUCCCCAUGAAGAGUGUCCAUUUUCAAUAAAACAUUCCAGGACUGGGAAAAGAUGUUGAUUUCCACAAGGUGCCUGUACUCAGAAAUAUGUAUUUUUGUCUCAUUGCUCAUAUUAUUCUGUCCUCCUGUUUGAUAUCCUGAGAUGAAAGGGGACUUUGCUACGUUCAUAUGUCAACGGGCUCUUUAGCCUCACAGCAGGAUGAUGUACUCCACCCAAGGUUUCAGCGAAGAAGCUCCUUUGUGCGUCGUUCCAUUCCAUUCCGUUUACACCAGGUCAUUCAGCUGGCUCAAUUGGAGUUAUUCCUGAGCUGUGUUAGUGGCAGCAUGUCAACCUAAGGAAGAAAGAAGGCCUUGAAAUGUUUGAAUAAGUGAAGCUUGAUCUUUCAUAUGCUGGAGUUUUUUCUACUCUGUAUUUUCCUCUUCUUUCCAAAUGCCUUGUUUGACUGUAAUCUCAUUCCAGAAGACAGCAACUUUUCUCUUAACAAUUGUAUAUGAUGAUGUAAGAAUUUAGUGCCUUACUCAAGACAAUAGUUAUGCUGGGGCCAGUGUUUGUGUGAAAUAAAAAAGCGCUGUCGGUUGAAAA